UUUUGAAGCUGAGAAACAUGCUGGUGUGUCUUGCGUGACAGCAUCUAUGGAUGACAUACAGUUUGAAGAGGCUGCCAGAGUUGGACAAAUUAUUACAAUCAAGGCUAAGGUGAACAGAGCAUUCAAAACCAGUAUGGAGGUUGGCAUCAAGGUGACAGUACAGGAUGUUUUGACUAAUGUUGAAAAAAUAGUGAGCAUGGCAUACGCAACAUAUGUAGCCAAACCAGUUGGUGGUGGAAAGAUUGAAUUAGAACCUGUAAAGGUUCUGUCUACAGAAGACCACCUAGAGUACACUCUGGCUAUUGAGAGAAGAAGAAUCCGACUGGGCUAUGAACAGGUCUUUCAGAACCUGAUGCAGGAGAGUAAUAAGGAAGAUACUUUUGAAGAGGAAGAUGCAGUUUCAACUGACCUUACUCAUGUACAGAGUAUUGAGCUUGUCCAGCCUCCUCACGCAAACCAUCAUGGAAACACUUUUGGUGGCCAGAUCAUGGCUUGGAUGGAGACAGUGGCAAGUAUUUCAGCAAGCCGCCUUUGUCGUUCAUAUCCCAUCCUGAAAUCAGUAAAUAUGUUUAAAUUCUGGGGACCAUCUGUUGUGGGCGACCGCCUUGUCUUUAAUGCAAUUGUGAACAAUACAUUUCAGAAUAGUGUGGAGGUUGGUGUCCGUGUGGAGGCAUAUAACUGUGAAGAAUGGAUCAAAGACCAAGCACGGCACAUUAACAGCGCAUUUCUCAUUUUUAAAGCUGUAAAUGACAAAGGAGAGCUGCUCACCUUCCCUAAAAUCAAACCUACUACAAAGGAUGACCUGAGGCGAUACCAUGGAGCUAUUGCCCGAAGGAGAAUUCGACUAGCCAGAAAAUGCAUGCUGUCUGCUAAAGCAGACAAACCUUCUGAUCCCUGGGAGAGAAGUAACCAGGCGUAUGUGAGUUACAGCAAUAUAGCUGCACUGGCACAGCUAGCAGCAAAACCGGGAUGGGAAAUAACCAGUACGCUGGAUGAUAUAAAAAUAUGGACUCAUGAGGAGGGUGAUGUGUUGUCGCUCAAAGUUGAAAUGCAGGUGAAGGUACCGUCACAUCUAGCUUUCUCCCUUCUGUCUGACUUCACAUUCCGCCAACAAUGGGACAAACAUUUCUUAACUUGCGAAGUCCUACAGGCUGUGAAUGAAGAUGAGAAAAUAUAUUAUGUUACAUCUCCACCCAUCACUGGCCAUAAACCCAGAGAUUUUGUGAUUCUUGUGUCUCAAAGGCAACCCUGUAAGCCAAGUGAACCCUACGUAGUAGCUGUAAAGUCAGUGACCCUCAAGUCUAUGCCACCUUCUUCAGAAUACUGCAGAAGUGAAGUCCUUUGUGCUGGAUUCCAGAUCUACAGUGACUGCAACAGCUCCUGUACAGUGUGUUACUUCAAUCAAGUGACAUCAGGUGUUAUGCCGUACUUAGCUGCAAAUCUCACUGGCUCAUCAAAAUCCAUUGAAGACACUGCUUUGGAAUGUAUAAAGUUCUUGGAGCUGAAAGGCAUCAAGUAUUGAAGUUAAAAACAGAUUUCUGAAGAGACCUCUAAAGAUUAUCAAGCAGUACUGGUUUAAAUUCCUGCAUGCAUGUUGAUCAUUUUUCUGCUCGUUACUGUGGAUUAUGUAGCCAGUAUUGGGCUGAGCUUGAGAACAUCCAGUACAAACAUUUUCUGUCAAAUUAAGAUUAGGCUUUAGGGUCCAAUUUUUAAUUUUACAAAGACUGAGGGACAGAUACUGCUCUUGAUUUCAUUAAUGAAUGGAGGCAGAACUUGGCCCAGCAGAAUUGUAGCUCAUGGGACUAUUUUACUAUUUUGAUGUUAUUUUGAAUGGAAUGGCAUUCAGUCAGUCUUAAACCAGUAAAUGCCCUGUGUAAUUUGCAGAGAAGCAGGGCUGCUAAGUAGCUUAUCCAGUGCUCUGACCUGGUUGUCUUACGUCCUUGUGCACCCAUUACAUAUAACUUGAUAAUACCCCAUAUAAGUUAGUGUUUGCUAAUAUUUGUGCUUUUAUUGUUAAUGCUUGUAGUUUAUCUGUGAAUUCCAAUAAAUUAUUUUUCUGAGGUUACAAAUCCAUCGCAACUUUUAUUAGGUUUAUCUCUGAAGUGGCAUCAGAUGUUCCAGAAAGACCGCUUUGUACUGAUGAUGGGGGCUGUUGGCCUCUUACAAAGUGCCAUGACCUCCUGCUGGCAAGUUCUGUGCAAGACUGUUUUGCUAGUGUUGAAUAAAUGCAGAACAGUAAGACUCUUGGAUCCGCUCCCUCACAGAUGAAAAGGUUUCAGAGGUUUUAUUGUGCUGCGUCUACUUUGUUUUCUGCUCUUAUUUUUGCUAAAAAGAGCCUUGUUCAGGAAAACAAGUAUGAUCAUCAGCAGUCAGAUUGUAACAUGAAUGCGGGGGUGUUAAGAGAAUCAAAGCUUGUGAACUGUAUCAGUGGCAUUUUAUCUUUCUGUAGUCUCACCCUUGGUAGAGCAAGAGCUCUAGGGCUCUGGUCCAGUUCCCACUGAAACAAUAUCUUCAAUCUGACCCAUAAUCAAAGCUGUCAUCGGUGAUUUAUAGUUAUAGCAUGCCUGCACAUUUUGGACAGGGCAUGUCUACCAGGUGCUGCAGAAGAGACACCAACUGGAGUCCUGGAAGCCCUGUGGGUACACCAGCACCGUGAAUCACCUGGCCCCUCAACAAGACUAGUUUAGUUUGGGUAUGGCCUUGAACCAAAGCACCAGUGGAAUCAGCUGCUGCCUUCUACACCUAGUGAAGGCUGGCCUCAGCGUGCCACACAACACAGGGAUACCUUUGCACUAGGAAUAAAAAAACUAAAGCGGGUCCUGGUCUUUGGCUCUGGAGGAGAGACUAUAGAUCCAGAUCCUGAUUUUGGAUGAUCAUUUUUCUCACGUGGGUAAGGUGCAACACCUCAUCCUGUGGGCUGAGGACAGCAGCCACAGGGCAGCCCCCUCCCAGCACG